AUGGCGUUCCAAGUCGCGAUCCCCAAGCUUGAUGUUGCCGCCGUCACCUCGGAUCUCUGGCCGUCUUUCUCUCGAAACCUGGCCGCUCCUUGGAAGAAGGCCAAUCAAGUCUCAACGACUCACGCCAGCAACUCUCGGAAUACUCUCAGACAAGAACAUGAGAAGGGUCCCGAACAUACAGCCUUACCUGAGUAUCUGAGGAGCGUCCCCAUGGAAGCAUUGCGAGCGCAGGUCAUCGGCCGGGCCGCACAACAAGGAUGGUCACCGUUGCUGAAGCAAUGCAAUCCACUUCGGACCUCAUCGUUUACGCCGUCUUCUAGCGCUACCCCUAGUGCUCGUUCCUACUCUACCCUGACUCCGUUCCGCCUCCACACCUUACGCGCGGCCCUGAAGGUCAACGGUCUUUCCAAAACACACCAACAGCGAUACUUGUUCGGAGGAUCCUGGCAUCAAAUACUCGCCCAGAAGGAGAAGAUUGCCAACAAGAGCCCAAACAAUGCAGACGCCCAGAAUGCUUUCUAUACGGCUCUUUUGCGUGCGAACAUGCCUAGCAUAGUUAUCGAGCGACACCGAAGCGGCUAUUUCGCUGGAGAUACCACAACUGAAGCCUUGGUCCAACGGGCCCAGGCAAGCAUUGGUGGCGCCGACGCUGGAGCUCACGCCGGCUCAACUCACAACUUGAGCCCCGAACAGCUCCAGGCUGUCGGUCAAGCGGUUGCUGCUCGUGCUACUGGUAGUCAAAUCGGAAUGGGAAAGCAGAACGGCACUGGCGCCAAAGACGCUCCUCUCUACGUCGUUGUCGAUGAAUCUCUCGGGAGCACAGUCUUCCGCUGGGUCAAGUUUUUGCUCAUCUUCGGCUUCUUCACCUACAUCUCUCUGGUAACGGUCACGAUCUUGGUUGAGACCACUGGUGUGUUGAAGAAUGUCAGGGGUGCACAGGACAAGGAAGCUCAGGCUGAACAGCAGACGGCUCGCUUCAGUGAUGUGCAUGGCUGCGACGAGGCCAAGGAUGAGUUGCAAGAGCUGGUGGAGUUCCUUAUCAACCCGGAGCGUUUCUCUACUCUCGGCGGUAAACUGCCCAAGGGUGUUCUCUUGGUGGGCCCUCCCGGUACUGGUAAGACCCUGCUUGCGCGUGCUGUUGCUGGCGAAGCGGGUGUCCCCUUCUUCUACAUGUCUGGAUCCGAAUUCGAUGAGGUGUACGUCGGUGUCGGUGCCAAGCGCGUUCGUGAUUUGUUCGCUCAGGCCCGCAACAAGUCUCCGGCCAUUAUCUUCAUCGAUGAACUGGAUGCGAUAGGCGGAAAGCGAAACGAGCGCGAUGCUGCUUAUGUCAAGCAGACUCUCAACCAGCUGCUGACUGAACUUGAUGGAUUCUCGCAAACCAGCGGCGUCAUCAUUAUCGCCGCUACCAACUAUCCUCAGCUCCUGGACAAGGCUCUUACUCGACCUGGUCGAUUUGACCGCAGAGUUGUUGUGGACUUGCCAGAUGUUCGCGGCCGGAUGGACAUUUUGAGGCACCACAUGAAGAACAUCCAAUUCGGCCCUGACGUUGAUGUGGGGGUCAUUGCACGAGGUACUCCCGGUUUCUCUGGUGCUGAUCUGGAGAACUUGGUCAACCAAGCGGCAGUCCAUGCCAGCCGUGACCGCAAGGCUAACGUUGGCUCGUUUGACUUUGAUUGGGCCAAGGAUAAGAUCAUGAUGGGUGCUGAGGCUCGAAGCCGCAUCAUCCAGGACAAGGACAAGCUGUUGACUGCGUACCACGAGGCUGGUCACGCUCUCGUUGCUCACUUCUCCCCUUCUUCCACCCCGCUGUACAAGAUCACCAUCGUUCCCCGUGGUAUGGCUCUCGGUAUUACCCACUUCCUGCCCGAGAUGGACACUGUCUCGAGGAACUACACUGAAUACCUGGCCGAUAUCGCGGUCUCCAUGGGUGGCAAGGCUGCGGAGGAGCUAGUUUUCGGUCACGACAAUGUCACGAGUGGCAUCUCAGCUGAUAUCCAAAGCGCCACCGAGACGGCGUUCACACUGAUCACCCGAUUCGGUUACUCUAAGAAGCUCGGCAACGUCGAUCUUUCUACAAACUACGAUAGCCUGUCAUCGGAAACCAAGCAGGAAAUCGAGGGUGAAGUGCGCCGUCUAGUCGAGGAAGCCCGAGACCGAGCAACCAAGAUCUUGACCGAAAAGCGCAACGAGUUGGAACUCCUAACCAAGGCGCUCAUCGAAUACGAGACCCUCUCAAAGGAGGAAAUGGAGAAGGUGCUCAAGGGCGAAAAGCUCCAGAAACUUACCUCUUCCCCAAGCGCGCCCAUGAAGCUUCCCGACGCCUUGCAAUCCGCGGCGAUCGUAUCACCAUCCCCGACUCAAGAGUAA